CGUAAACACAUACGCGAAAGCUAAAUCAGCGUCACUCUAAAACAUAACCUAACGGUUCUCGUCUUGAAAUUUUCCAUAAUUUUUUCUUUCCUUCCAAACACUGCCUUUCCUUUAGUUCCUUCAUUUCAUUUUCCCUUCACAUUCUUUCAUUCCUUCUUCUUCCGCUUUUCUACCAAUUGGUUCUGUGUAAGCUUUGUUGUGGCUGUGGUUUGCAGUUUCCAUGAAUACAGAGAUACAGAAAAAGGGGGAAAAAAACAAUGAUUCGUUCGAUUGAGAGAUGUAUUCUUUGAUUUGAUUUGCUAGUUUUUUUACUUGGCGAGCAAAAAAUGGACAUGCCAAAGCAGGUGACGGUUCGUGACUUGGUGGAGGAAGCCAAGAAGCGGAUCGUGAUUUUAGCUAUCUGCGUCGUUGGAUUGUCCUAUCUCAUGUCACUGACAAGUUCCUCAGUUUUGGUUAAUCUGCCUGCUGCUGCCUCCUUAAUCGUUCUCCUACGAUACAUUUCGAUAGAUUAUGAAAUGCGGAGGAAAGCUGCUGUAUACAACAGAAAAUCUUCAUCUAUGAGUUCAUUGACUCCAAAGCAACCACCAGAGCGUCCUAAAGUUGUUGAUCGUUCUGAUUGGAGAAGGAAAGUGAAUUCUCCUAUUGUAGAGGACGCAAUAGAUCACUUCACAAGACAUCUUAUAUCUGAGUGGGUGACAGAUCUAUGGUAUUCUCGUUUAACACCUGAUAGGGAAGGCCCAGAAGAACUGGUGCUGAUCAUAAAUGGUGUUCUUGGGGAGCUUUCAGACCGCAUGAAAAAUAUAAAUCUCAUCGAUUUACUCACAAGGGACCUUAUUAAUCUCAUUUGUACUCACUUGGAGCUUUUUCGUGUGAAUAAAGCAAAAAUUGAAAAGCAGCAAUCUAUACCGCUGACUAUCGAACAUCAAGAUGCUGAAAUAAGACGUGUUAUGGCUGCAGAGAACAAACUGCACCCAGCUUUAUUCUCUACUGAAGCUGAGCACAAGGUGUUGCAACAUUUGAUGGGUGGUUUUAUAUCUUUCACAUUCAAACCCGAAGAUCUGCAAUGUUCUUUCUUUCGGUAUGUUGCCAGGGAACUUCUGGCUUGUGCAGUAAUGCGACCAGUCUUAAACUUAGUGAGUCCAAGGUUUAUAAAUGAGAGAAUUGAAUCUGCUAUUAUAUCUAUGACCAAAGCUAAAGGAGUCGAUGCUGCAGAAGGUGCAUCUCAAUACAAAUCAAAUGGCUCCUCAAGGAUCCCUUCUGAUCAUUUUUCUAAGUUUCUAGAUCCUUCUGUAACUGGUGUUGAAUUGGUACAAUUAAAAACUGAUCAGUCCAGAGCUGCUGGAGGCACCACUGCAACAGAUAACCUAAACAGAGCACAUCUUAUGAAGGAUCCACUGCUUUCCAUGGAUACUCGAUCUUCCCAUUCUUGGAGCUCUGUGCCUUUGAACUCUCAAACUAGUGCUGGAAAAGGUAUCGAGCAACAUCGUACAGGAGGAGAAUGGGGUGAUAUGUUAGAUAUCAUUUCCCGUAGAAAGACUGAGGUACUUGCUCCUGAAAAUUUUGAGAACUUGUGGACAAAAGGGAGAAACUACAAAAAGAAGGAAAAACGAUUGAUUGAGCAAGUUCCUCAGCAUAACUCUGCUGGGAGCCCUGCUACAGUGGAUCAUUCAAAAGCAAUAUCUAAGACAAGAGAGAAGUGUCCUACCAAGCUUAACACAUCUGAUAGGUGUGCAGCUCAAUCUACAUUAACUGAUCAGCGCAAAAUAGAAAAAUCAUUCCUAAAAGAAGCUAGCAAUAUAUCGUACUACUCUUCAGUUGCAUCUUGUCAGGAAGAUGAUGAACACAGCCUUGUUGAUUUGGAGGAGUUUGAAUCAGAAAGCAGUGAUUCUUUUACUUCAGAAGAAGAAACAGGAACUGUGACGGGUAUUGGUUCUCCAGGAACCAAAGUUUGGGAUGGCAAGAGUAACAGAAAUCUGGCAGUUUCGCAUAUUCAUCAUCCACUUGAAAAUCCUGAGGGCCAUAUGGCAAAGAAGGCUGGUGGAAGGCGUGUUCAAUAUCGAAGAUUAACCAGAACCCCAUCCAGCAGAAAAAGAUCGAGAUUGACCUGUCAGAAGUUGCCUGUCUGGCAAGAGGUGGAUAGGUCUAGCUUUAUAUCAGGGGAUGGACAGGACAUACUUAAUUCGCCGAAUGGGCAUGAGAAAGCUGAUGACUCCAGCAAUGAUUCUGACACUGAAUUCUUUGGUAGACUUCACAGUGGAGCUACUGCUUCUUUGUCUGCUGCUUCUAUCUCUAGUCAUAGUUUGACUAUUAAUUCCUUGCAAAACUCGUUGGUGGUAGAUUCUUUCUUUAAAUUGAGAUGUGAGGUUUUGGGUGCAAAUAUUGUGAAGAGUGGCUCCAAAACAUUUGCUGUUUAUUCCAUAUCUAUUACAGAUGUAAACAACAAUAAUAGCUGGUCAAUAAAGAGAAGAUUCCGACAUUUUGAGGAGCUGCAUCAACGCCUUAAACAAUUUCCGGAGUAUAAACUUCACUUGCCACCAAAGCAUUUUCUCUCAACAGGUUUGGACGUUCAUGUAAUACGAGAACGGUGUAAAUUGCUUGACAGAUAUUUAAAGAAUCUCCUGCAGCUUCCUACUAUUUCAGGAUCAAUUGAAGUUUGGGACUUCCUAAGUGUUGACUCCCAGACAUAUGUAUUCUCAAAUUCUUUUUCUAUCAUUGAGACAUUGUCAGUUGACCUUGACAGUAAUCCAUCUGAAAAGAGCGACAAGGCCUCAAGUGUUUUGGUGCCUCUGGCGGGUCCUUUAUCUUCUAAGAGAGAACAGUUAGACACUGAAAGCAAGGAAUCUGCACGGCAGAUGAAGCCAAAUCUUGCAAGGGAUGGAUUAAGAAAUGCAAAAGAUAUGUCUUAUCCUCCAAAAGUUCUCACUAAAGAACAGGGUAACUCCAUUGACGAUUCAGGCAGUAAUUCUGAUACUGGAGUGUCAAAGAUUUCAUUUGUAAGACACACGGGGAAGAAUGUUAAAGGAAAAGUGAAUGACAGAAUGGAAGAUGCUUCUGAGUUGGUUCUUGAUGCUGUUUCGCACCCAACCGUUCCUACAGAGUGGGUGCCACCAAAUUUAAGUGUCCCCAUUUUGGAUUUGGUGGAUGUCAUUUUCCAGCUCCAAGAUGGCGGGUGGAUCAGGAGGAAGGCUUUUUGGGUGGCCAAACAAAUCCUACAACUUGGAAUGGGUGAUGCUUUUGAUGAUUGGCUGAUAGAAAAGAUCCAGAUGCUGCGCAAGGGCUCAGUUGUUGCUUCAGGAAUCGAGCGUCUUGAGAAGAUACUUUGGCCUGAUGGUAUAUUCAUAACCAAACAUCCAAGGCAACAACGUCCGCCAUCAUCCUGUAGCCCUUCCAAGGCUUCACCUUGCAGUCCGCUACCUCCUGAAACAUGUUCACCUAGAUUGAGUGAUGAGCAGCAACAACUAGAAGCAGAACGUCGUGCAAAAUUCGUAUAUGAGCUAAUGAUUGACAAUGCACCAGCUGCCAUUGUGGGUCUUGUUGGUCGCAAGGAGUACGAACAAUCUGCUAAGGACCUCUAUUUCUUCAUUCAGUCUAGUGUUUGUUUGAAGCUGCUGGCAUAUGAUCUUCUUGAGCUCUUGCUGUUGUCUGCAUUUCCAGAGAUGGAGUAUGUAUUCAAGCAGUUCCAUGUAGAAAAACACAAGUUUGGUGAGUUUAAAGCAAACUAAGUCGCAUUUUGAUAUAGACAAGUCUGGCAUCAUUAAAUCCUUCCGGAUCAUACUCUCAUGCCCAUCCGGAGACAAAUACUUCAAUUGUAUCGUACGCCUCCAAAUUCUGCCUUUCUUUUUGUCAUGGAAAUUGUAAGUAAAUCUUGAAAUUAUAUGAAGGGAUGGAAAUCAAUCAAGCUUGCAUUUA